AUGCGCCGGUGGGGUUGCCAUCCCCCCUUGAUUGCUCUCAAUUGGUUGUCCACGUUAUACCAGGCCUCGACAUUCCCCCGCCUCGACCGGCGGUACCGAACACAUCCUAAUCAAUGGAACGAGCUGAAGAAACGGCGCGACGCCUCAUAUCACUCGCACGCCCGCACCUACGUCCGGUGGUCGCUGGCCGAACUCCGGCGUAUGGCUGCGUUAGAACGCGAGGCGUCGUCCCUUAAUGUGCAUAAUAUUAACACGUACAUCGCGUCCUGCAUGUCACGUAUCAGUGACCAAGUUAGCUGCAGGCGACGUAAGAAGGACUACAAAGACCUACUGAAAUCGCUUGAGAACCCCGUCCCCUGUCCUGGCCCUGACAGCGUCCAACCCCAAGUGGUUCUCGGUGAUCCUGGCCGCAUCCUGCCACUCACGGGGCCCCCACCGGCUGGUACGGUGACCCCUGUGCCGAGGACUUGCCGCAUAUGGUCCGGCCCCGAGAUUAAAGUCUUAACAUCUGCGCCACCUGGCACAACGGACGCUGAACUGGCCCCUCUCCUUCCUGGCCGCACCAUCUCUGCCAUCCGCACCAAGAGGAAACAGCUGCCUAAGGUCCUCCCGGAUGAGGAGCCGGACACGACGGAGGCCCAGCCUACCAAUGACGUCUCGCACGAUGACUCUCGUGGCAUCGUUGAGUAUAUCAACGGCCUCCUGCCUUUGAUUUCCGACAUUAAUCUACGGAACAAGGCCGAGUUGGCCCUUAACGAGCCCGACGGGUUCUCCACGCUAUAUUACGAAGUAUUCCCCCAAAACAGGACCGGAAUCAGGCGCUCAAAACCCCCUAUUAAGGCAGGAAUUAGGCGGCGUCGCCACCAACGCUCCGCCAUAUACCAAUUCCUGCAAAAACUCCAUUCUAGAAGCCCGAAGUCGGUGGCCGAGAGGGUCCUCGAGAGCGAUCUUUCUUAUGAGGGCCUCGUUGCUGAGCGGUCCUUCUCAGACGAGGACUUUCUACGUAAAUGGAAACCGGUUUUCGAGCGUGACUGCUUUGCGGACCUGGCCGAAGAACAUCCCGGACCGCCGUUGAACGAGGUCAUGUCCCCUAUCCUCGUUUCCGAUAUUGUUUCCGCUCUCGCGUCAAUGAAAGAAUCUUCCCCCGGACCUGAUGGCCUCCGCCUUAACACCUUAUUUAGAUUAUUUAGAUCCACCAGCUCAGACCUUCACAACUAG